AUGGACUGGAUCACGCUACACCGUCCUACUUUGCCACCACCGAUUUUGAACCUUCGAUCAGCAACGAACGAGAUCAUUCACGUGCAAUUUCACACUGAACGGACAGCACGGAUCCGAUAUCGGCCACUCGACUUCUGGGAAUGGAUUGGAUUGCUCAAGACAAGCAUAUCCCAAAUUCUUUUGGAAGCUGUCCUUGUCAAUUACUAUCGCUCGAAGCAGAGUUGGAUCCCCGGUACUAUCAUCCGCCGAUUAGGAUCGGUGAACUAUUAUGCCGAAUGGCAAGGAGACAAAUGGAAACGCCAUGCGAACAAACUCCGCAAAAGAUAUCACACACCUGACAAAAGACACCAACAUUUGCCGUUAUUCGCGGAUUUCGAACUGAAUUUGCCGGCAAUGAGGAAGCAACACCAAGGCCCUGCCGGGUCGAUCGACGCGAAUCGUCAAUCAAACGAGUCGUCUCGUCAUUCAAGCCUAUCUGAAUUCUUACCAGUGAUCUUCAACAUCGAGGGAGGAGAUAUUGGAGCUGUGACCAGAAUCAACAUGACCGACGCCCUUAUCAAUUUAGGAGCGCUAUAUUAUGACGGAGUGAUGAGCUGUGCCCCGAAAGCGAACGCCAGCAAUCCGAUCGACGAUGAAGUCCUGCGAGAGGCUCGUGCUGCCGACAAGAUUCUGAUUACCGCCGUCACCACACAAGCCUACAAUCCACAAAACGCAAAAACAGCACUCAAAUUCAUUCAGCAAAAGUUCACCCAACUCUCGCAGCACAUCGGAGUGGAUUUGAAGAAGGUUGGCCACAAAGACAGAGUUGUGAACAUUGGAGGAAAACUUGCGAUUCGCGCGACGAUCCAAGACAAGCCGCAACGUUGCCAAAAAGGAAUCGAAUUCUUCGAAAAAGCGAAACCAGCGAUCACUGAAAUCGCCUACAUUGUGGUGAGAUGUCCAGAUGGAACAACUAAACAAAUCUAA